AUAUCAUGUUCAUAAACUUCGUUGCUAACAAUUUACUAAAAAUCUAUAAUUAAACAGCCAAGAGUUUACGAAACGAAACGUCAAAGAGCGGACACAUAUUUGGAUUCCGCUGCAACCCUGAAUAGGAUCGUUUCUUUUCUCUAGAAAAUUUUCUAUAUGCUGCACGCGAAUAGAUUUUUCUCUUGCUUUGCGGUUGUAAUUUCAAUUUCAAUUUUCAAUAAAAUCUGUGAACGUAAAACAACAGUUGCAGUAACAUCGACGCAUCCGAAGCAAUAGAAUAACAAAUAUUUAAAUAAAUUUCGAUUUAGUUUUGCAAUUCCGUGCGGAGUAAAUUACUAAAAUUUAAAUUCCUGUAGAAAAUGAGAACUUCAAGUGUGGCUCAAUAUGCGCUUCGUAUGACUUUCGGACAGUUCACCCUUUGAGUUUCACUCAUCCCUUAAAUCACCAUGGAGCAGAGCACAUUUCAACCUGGAGAUAUCUGCCUUGAAUGCCAGCAACAUGGUUUUUGCCGUCGCUUACGUACGUUUUGCAUUGAUAUAAAUGAACAAAUCAUUAAAUGUGAAAGUUGGGAAUGUAUAUAUCCUUAUGAAAACGAUUUUUCUGACUCUGAUGAAGAGCCGAAAACUUCAGAGGAUAAAAGCUUUUGCACAGAGUUAAAUUCAUGUAGUGGCUACGAUGACGCAGCUAGUGUGCGAUUUGUGGAUGCACUACUUUGUUGUGGUAAUAGUAAUCUAGUUGGGAAGUCCGAUGUGUUAAAAGAGGCAGCAAAAACUUCAACACAAGCCGAACCCGUUAUCACACUAACUUCCUUUGACAAUAGUUUAGAGAAUCUUCUCAUUAAGUCUGAGACGAUUACACCAUCAUUCUACACAACACGUAAAAAUGACCAAACUGAAGGUGCUGGUUUCAUUGACGCAUUACUUAGUAAUUGUAAAUCUGAAACCUUUCCCAAUCAUAGCAUUAAUGAAUUCCAAAAUGAAUCCACAACACCACUGCAUGAUAUGCCUGUCUUAAAUUUCGACUUCUCAAAUACACAACCUGAAAAGGAGCCACCACCACUGCCGAAGGUGGAAAAAGGGAAUAAGCCACAAAUUGAAAUACAAUGCAUACAAACGGUUAAAGCGGGAUUUUCUAACAUUCAGAAUGAAGAUAACGUCACAAACACGUCAAAGGUCGCAAUAAAUUCUCUGGAACUUAUAAAAACAGAAUAUGUUCAGCCAUUACAACCCAAUCAGCUUGCAACUCAAACAAUCUGUGAAACAAAGAAGUCAUCUACCGCGAAUAGCGAAAACAAAGUACGCAUAUCACGUUACUUUGAUGCUUUACGAAUAAAUCGUGAAAAAUUUCAAAAGACUCGCACAAAACCAACGUCAUUAGAACGUAGAAAACGCCAACAAAAGCUUGAUAUUGGAAGUGGACGCAGUUUAGUAAACGUGCUACAAGUGCUUAAGACCAGAAGUGAAUAAAUAAUUUGGCAGAAAAGUAACACGUAUACUUUUCGAUACGACAGCAUUGAAAAUAAUUUGGGUUUGCGAUAGGUCAGUUUAAAAAGAAUGAAUGUGUUGGGCUGAAUUGGUAAAUGAUACCAUGUCUGAACAUAUACGAGUAUAAUAUGUAUAUGCACAUAUGUUUUGCUAUUCAAAUACGAAAAUCUUAGAUUAAAAUGAACUUAUAUUUAUAAAAAUAUAUUGAUAAGACAAAACCUCAUAAGCAUAAGUUUAUCAAUAUAAAAUGUUUGAUAAUACUCAUGAGUAAAAUAUAUACAAUAAUUACUUUAAUCCAUAUUUCUUUUGAUUGCAAAGUCUGAUGGUACCUGGCACGCUCCCAUUGCAUGAUAUUUAUAAAAAAAAA